CUCCACAUAUCCCACAUAUUCCCCACUUCGGCCGAAGUGGGGUUUGGCAGACGGUUGCUCCAAUCCCGCUUUCAGCGUCUUAGCUUGACUUUAUCAAUUAGAAAAUACUUGAUUUUGGGCUGCACGGUAGCGACUGGCCCUUCUCCCCAACUCACUAUAAUGAAUUCUCCCAACACUCACCAGAAGCGUCCGUUAACGGUUCAGGAUUUACCUCAUGAAAUAUUGAUGGUUAUUUUUUCGUUUUUGGACGUCAACUCUCUGGUAUCGGCAAAACAGUGUUGUUCAGCGUGGUAUUCAUUAUUGUCAAAAGAUGUAAGCUGGAGAACAGCUUUCCAGUAUCAUUUUAGUGGCGAUCAAAAUCAGUAUUUUAGUCCCGUUGGUAAUGGAACUUGGAGGCAGGAGUACAUUCUUCGUAUGGCUCUCCAAAUAGCGUACAAGCGCGGAAAAGGCCAGACGAUGCAAUACGAUUCUCGUGUAGGACAAAUGACACACAUCUACUGUGAUUUUGGCUCUAACCGCUUGUUUACGGGGAAUUUAAUGACUGGUUGCGUCUCCAUUUCUGACCCAAAAACUGGAAAAGUUGAACGGGGAUUGCUUCAUUGCGGUUCAGGCGAACUUUCCACGACACAUACAGUCAGCAAAAUGAUGCUUGGACGGCAGCUCAUGGGCUUCGGCUUUUUGAAUGGUCAAGUUGGUGCGAUUAUAAUGACACGAGCAGUCGCAAAUCAACGGAAAUUUAGAGCCUUCAGCGAAAAACACGAGGAUGCUGUCAGCUGCAUCGAUGUCGUUCGUGGCGACUUGCCUCCUCUCGGUCAAAUUGGUAUAGUUACAGGUGGAGAUGAUGGUUGCGUACGGUGCUGGGACGCUCGCACGGGAGUAUGUUUGCAAUCUUUUCGUUUUGAUUCAUCACAAAUUGUCAGCGUUAACUACAAUUCACGACGCAGACUACUAAUGUUUGAUGUGUAUAAUUACAGCAAAGGUUUCUACGCUCUUUACAUUGUAGAAGGACCUAGCAUAUUGACACCGCUAGUGAAGCCAAGACUCAUUGCGCUUCGUGUCUGUCAACUCAAUGAAGCUGACGAACCACUUCCGAUGCUGUGUGUUGAUUGCAGUAACAAAUGUGCAUUUGUUACCACGGGUGCACCGCUUAACUGCAUUGAACGCUUCUCUUAUGACACGCAGGACGAGCUUGCUAUAUCUUCUUCUACUCCCUUAGAGAGUCGUGUUCUAUAUGAGUGUCAGGGAAAACCAACGUAUAUGGUUAUUGAUGCAAACGAACGCGAGCCAAAGAACUUUUGUCCGGGUGAAAAUGCACGGCUGGUGGCCGUAGGUGAUGAUGCGGGACGGGCUUAUUUGAUCAACUCACAGGCAUCCUCGUCUCGUCGUGGUUUCUUAAAAACGAUGGAAGUCUCCCGUAAUACUCCCGUAACAUGCCUGGCACUCAACAAUGCGGUUCUUGUUGCCGGUGCCGGAAGUGGCUUUUGUGGUAUCUUUGACACGGUAACUGGAACACUGCUGCGAACCAUAGCAAAUGCACGGAAUCCAGCGCGCCGUGAGCCCAUUUUGUGCAUUUCCAUUGAUUCGGAUUCUUUGAGUCCUAAGGGUGCUAUCUCAAUGGGCAAGCAUGUAAAAUCCUGGGCAUACACAAUGCCGAAACAGCUUGUUAUUCGUCGUCCACGAACUGUAAACCCACGCUCAGCCAACAUUCCGCCUUCGCUUCCAAUGCAACGAGGGGGAGCAGAAUACUCGAAAAAUGAGUUGGAACGUGAAAUUUUAAUGGGGUUGGACCAAGUUGCUCAAGAACGCAGAGAGCGACUUGAAGCAAAAGAACAAGCUCAACAGCUUCUGGGAGCAGGUCUCGUUGGUUUGAGUGAUGAAGAGUUACUGGCGUAUGCAACCAUGCUCUCUCGAGAAGAAGCAGAGCGACAAGAAUUACAGGCACAAGAGAUGCAAACAAUUCUUGCAGAAGAAACUACUGCAGAAAAUGCCCCAGGAAACUCAACACAAGAGUCUUCCGCACCCAUUUUAGAAACUCCAACUUCCGUUACUGCAUCGAGUCCGCCCAUUGUUCCCGAGAAUUACAUGGACUUGGAUGAAGAGGAGCAAAUUCGUCUCGCGAUGCAACUUUCACUUCUCGAUAUGAAUUAGUGCGUUUUUAGAACUUAGGCUUCUAACUUCUUUUUUGAAAAGGCAUCUUAGAUUAUAAUCUGUAAUAUAGAUUUAAUGAAUUGAAAUGAAAUAUAAACUAGAAACUGUCGCGAAA